AUGACCGUGCAUUUACCGUGGACCCUGCGCUUCAUUGCCGUUGACGGAUUAAGCUACGAGCUACGGGACCCGAAAGUCGCAUCACUGGCCUUGUACCCGAAAGCGUCUCGAAAGCGUCUCUACGACGCAGCAAAGAUCGCGACCUUUCGUCAUGUCCUGGCCGAGAUGGGUCGAGAAGGGCCGAGACCUUGGCGACGACUACUCAUUGACUGCUCUACCGUCGUCAUUGACUGCUCUACCGUCGUCAUUGACUGCUCUCGCAAUGGCGAUCAGCAACGCGGCGAGUCGCUAGCGGACGACACGAGCACGCACGGCGACGCACAGCGACUCAUGGCGACGCAUGGCACAUCGGACGCGGCGCUUCAACCGUCGCAGAUUCGCCACCAGCAGCGGCUCCCUCGGGAUGAGACAACGGCGGUCCUGGCGGCGACAACGGCGGUCAACUGUGCUGCUGGCGGCGACAACGGUGGUCAACGGUACUGCUGGCGCCGACGGCGGCGGUCAACGGUGCUGCUGGCGGUGACGGCAGCGUCAACGGUGCUGCUGGCGGCGACGGCGGCGGUCAACGGCGGUCCUGGCGGCGACAACGGCGGUCAACGGCGGUCCUGGCGGCGACAACGGCGGUCAGCGGUGCUGCUGGCGGCGACAACGGCGGUCAACGGUGCUGCUCGCGGUGACGGCGGCAGUCAACGGUGGUCCUGGCGGCGACAACGGCGGUCAACUGUGCUCCUGGCGGCGACGGCGGCGGUCAACGGUGCUGCUGGCGGCGUCGGCGGCGGUCAACGGUGCUGCUGGAGCAUGGUGGAGCGAGGAGCUUGA